GAAUGUGAAUCCAAAUGCCCAAACGAUACUGGCUAUUGUAUUCUGCAGAUUUAACAGUUGUAUAAAAAUGUGGAGCCUACUGCCAUUCCAGUAUUCCACCAUACCCAACUCAGAUCCAUUCCUCUUUCUUCUCUUCUCACUCUCAGACUCCAUUUUCUCACUCUUUCAGCACUCACCAAUAAAGAUAAGAAUUACACAACUGCAACCGUAGCCAAAUACAUCACAUUCACACCAUAAAGAUAAACGCUUGUAUUUCUUUUUAAUUUAUAUGAGCGUGGUUAUCAAAAAACAGCUACAGUUCUGCACCCCCAGAAGGAGUUGUUCUCUCCACAGCUGAAAAAGAGAAACGAGAUUGGGUUGGUUGGAGGCAAAUACAGUGAAUCUACACCAGUGUAUCAGCUUCACGGAUUCGUAUUGUUUAUUUGAAUUCCUUUCAAAAUUGUGGAUGCAUGGGAUUUGAUACUUCCACAGCUGCUGCUGGAAAAAGUACCAUCUCCAACUAUGGAUAUUCAAGAAGAGAGUUCUACAUUUGGACCUUUGGUGGCGAUGAGUUCAAGGAACAUGUCAUCAUCAUCUUCAGCAUUUUUCUCAGCAAAUCAAUCACCCUUCUUCUCUCCAAGAACAUCAUCAUGCCAUUUAUCAGAGUCUGUAAGGCCUGAAGCUUCAAGUGACAGAAUUCAUGCAGAUGCAGCUCUCCCUAGCACCAGUGCAGCAAUCCCAGAACUGAAGUCUCUUGCUAAUAUUAGAAGUAACUUCUCUGAUGUGUCUGUGUCUGUAUCUGCAUCUCCGGCUGGUUGUAAUUCAGGUGAUUUACAGAAACUUGAUCGUAUAUCUUCCUCGGUCGGAAUCUCUAGUAGCUAUGAUGAUAGUUAUUCUGGAUCAAAAGAGAAAGGAAGAAAGAAAGGAAAAAACCAAAGAACAUCAUCAACUCCAGGAUCCAGAUCAAUUUCUUCUUACAGACUAAAGAGUUGUGAUGUUUUUAUAGGAUUACAUGGUCGAAAACCUCCUCUAAUAAGAUUUGCCAAUUGGCUUCGUGCGGAGUUAGAGACUCAAGGCAUCAGUUGCCUUGUAUCAGAUAGAGCUCGAUGCAAGGACUCUUGCAAGCUUGGAAUUGCUGAGAGAGCAAUGAGCAUUGCUUCUUUCGGGGUAGUAAUUAUAACAAGGAAGUCUUUCAAAAAUCCAUACAGCAUUGAGGAGUUGCAAUUUUUUUCCAGCAAGAAGAAUUUGGUGCCAAUAUACUUUGAUUUGGGUCCAGCUGAUUGCCUUGUUAGGGAUAUAAUCGAAAAGAGGGGUGAGCUGUGGGAAAAACAUGGAGGGGAGCUUUGGCUUUCAUAUGGAGGGUUGGAGCAGGAGUGGAGAGAUGCUGUUCAUGGCCUUUCUCGGGUUGAAGAAUGGAAAUUAGAAGCUCAGGAUGGAAACUGGAGAGAUUGCAUACUAAGCACAGUCACAUCCUUCGCAAUGAGGUUAGGCCGGAGAAGUGUUGCGGAGCAUUUGACAAAAUGGAGACAGAAAGUGAAAGAAGAGGAGUUCCCUUUGACCCGAAACGAGAGCUUUAUUGGUAGGAAGAAAGAGCUUUCUCAAUUGGAGUUCAUGCUCUUUGGUGAUGUUACAGGAGAUUCACAGCAAGACUACAUUGAACUGAAAGCAAGAGCCAAGAGAAAGCAUUUGACAAUUGGUAGGGGCAGGAGUUAUGUUUUAGAUGAAAGGUUGAGGGAAAAGCAAAAUACGGAGGUAAAAGAACCAGUUCUCUGGAAGGAGUCAGAAAAGGAGAUUGAAAUGCAUAGUACUGAAUUUUCUCAUAGGCACUACCGUCCGAGGGUCAAACGCGGUGGAAAGUUUGGUAGGAGGAAAAGAGAAAUGAAGGUUGUGUAUGGGAAAGGUAUCGCUUGUGUUUCAGGAGAAUCAGGAAUUGGAAAAACAGAGCUGAUUCUUGAGUUUGCUUACAGAUUUCACCAGAGAUACAAGAUGGUUCUAUGGCUUGGAGGGGAGAGCAGGUAUAUAAGGCAGAACUAUCUAAACCUCAGGUCGUUUUUAGAAGCCGACGUGGGAGCUAACAAUAGUUUGGAGAAAACCAAGAUAACUGGAUUUGAAGAGCAGGAAGAGAGUGCUAUUUCUAGAGUACGGAAGGAGCUGAUGCGAAACGUUCCAUAUCUUGUUAUCAUUGAUAACUUGGAGAGUGAAAAAGAUUGGUGGGAUCACAAACUUGUGAUGGAUCUUCUCCCUCGUUUCGGUGGAGAGACUCAUGUGAUAAUAUCAACAUGCCUUCCCGGAAUCAUGAACUUGGAACCUCUGAAACUUUCAUACUUAUCAGGAGUGGAAGCAAUGUCUCUAAUGCAAGGGAAUGGCAAGGACUAUCCGGUUGCAGAGGUGGAUGCGCUGAGAGUUAUCGAGGAGAAAGUCGGAAGGCUAACUUUAGGCCUCGCUAUUGUCAGCGGAGUUCUGUCCGAGUUACCUAUAACCCCAAGCAGGCUCUUAGACACCAUAAACAGAAUUCCCUUGAAGGACAUGUCACAGUCAUUAAGGCACAACAAUUUCCUUCUGCAGCUCCUCGAUGUUUGUUUCUCAAUAUUCGAUCAUGCAGAUGGCCCCAGGAGCUUGGCAACCAGAAUGGUGCUGGUAAGUGGAUGGUUUGCGCCCGCUGCAAUUCCGGUUUCCUUAUUGGCACAUACUGCUCAGAAUCUACCAGAAAAGCAAAAGGGAACAUGUUCUUGGAGAAAAUUACUGCAAUCCUUAACAUGUGGAUUUGCCUCCUCACACACCAAAAAAUCCGAAAUAGAAGCAUCUACUCUGUUGCUAAGAUUCAACCUUGCAAGGAGUAGUACCAAAGAAGGAUAUGUCCAAUUCAAUGAGCUCAUAAGGCAAUAUGCGCGAAAAAGGGAACUUACUGGAGCUCCAGAAGCAAUGGUUCAAGCUGUUAUUAGUCAAGGAUCAAUAUCUCAAGAUCUAGAGCAUUUAUGGGCUGCAUGUUUUCUAAUAUUUGGAUUUGGCCAUACUCCUCCGGUCGUUGAGCUCGAGGUGUCUGAGCUCUUAUAUCUUGUGAAGAAAGUGGUUCUGCCACUUGCAAUUCAGACUUUCAUUACAUACUCUAGGUGCACGGCUGCAAUCGAGCUUCUGCAGCUUUGCACCAUGGCUUUGGAAGGUGCAGACCAGGCAUUUGUCACGCCGGUUGACAAAUGGCUGGACAAAUCGCUGUGCUGGAGAUCGAUCCAGACGAAAGCUCAGUUGAAUCCAUGCCUUUGGCAAGAGCUGGCUCUGUGUAGAGCAACUGUGCUUGAAACGAGGGCGAAGCUAAUGCUAAGGGGUGCGCAAUUUGACAUAGGGGAUGAUCUAAUCAGGAAGGCUGUUUUUAUUAGGACUUCAAUUUGUGGUGAAGAUCAUCCGGAUACCAUUUCGGCACGCGAAACGUUAAGCAAACUCACCAGACUAAUUUCAAAUGUUCAAAUUCAUGCUUCAGCUUAGAUAUUAUUGCAUGCUGUAAGGAUACUCUAGAACUAUAGAAAAGAUUUAUAAAUAAAAUAGAAGAUUCUGUA